CCCCACCUUUUUGCCUAAUUCACUGAUCCGUGAAUUACAUUUAAGCUGUACUGGUAGGGUGGCUCUGAUUCAGUACAGAAAAACAGUAGCUACAGUGUUGCAGCGUGUCACUUCGACUGUCUCCCUUCUCCUUACAAGGCCAGAAUGGAGUCGGUUGUAUGGAUUUUAACCUUCCUACUAGCGCUACAAUGCAGAGGAGUCCUUGGUGGUAACGUUACGGACAUGGACAGUGGAAUGAAAUAUCUGCAACGCUAUGGGUACGUCAGGAUGGUCCGUCCGGACAACAAUAUCACAAUGAUGGACGCUGACCAGACGGGGCAGGCUAUCAGAAUGUUUCAGAGGUUUGCAAAUCUCAAUAUGACAGGUAAGAUGGACGAGCCAACCAUGGAGAUGAUGUCGCGUCCUCGCUGCGGCGUGCGGGACAUGGACGGCACCAACUCUCUGGUUAGGCGCCGCCGACGGUACGCGUUGCUGGGCAGCAAAUGGACCAUACGGGACAUCACUUAUCGGGUCACAGGGUACACACAGAAACUAUCUCAGACCGACAUCGAUAACGACAUCAAGAUAGCUUUUGACAUGUGGUCGGAGAAUGCCAACCUGAAGUUCUCACAGGUCCCGUCAGACACCGACGCACACAUAACGAUGUUCUUCGCGCCCGGUGACCACGGCGACCGGGACCCAUUCGACGGCCCUGCGGGUACCCUGGCCCACGCCCUCCCACCCAUAGCUGGGGGAGAGACACAUUUUGACGACGAUGAAACCUGGACUGUAAGGACCUUCUCAGGAAUGCCUCAAAUUGAACGCCCGGUCGUCGCCCCCGCCGUACCCCAGGCUCCUGUAACGCCAACUGUACGUGCAGCUGCCAAAACGCCAGCAUCCUCCAGCGCCACCCAGCGACCCAUUGUCACCACUGCAGCACCAGCUUUGGUCCCAGACAACUGUGCGGGCCGAGUCGACGCCAUCACGCAAUCAGCUGGUGGCAAAACUUACGCCUUUAGAGGUGAGUAUUUCUGGGAGUUGACGACUACAGGUGUAGCUUCAGGUCACCCCAAGAAGAUCUCCGACACCUGGGCUGGCUUACCUGCUAACCUGGACGGAGCGCUGUAUCGUCGGGAAGACGGCAAAACCUACUUCUUCAAGGGGAGCCUUCAUUGGCGGUUCUCCGGUUUCCUGGCAGACGCUGGGUAUCCAAAGCCAAUCAGCGAAGGGUUUAUAGGGAUCCCAGAUGAUAUUGAUGCAGUCUUUCAGUGGUCAGGCAACGGGAAGGUCUACUUUACGAAAGGUAACCAGUACUACCGCUAUGAUUGGGGCAUAGGAGCGAACAGGUUCAUGUACCCACAAAACCUUGCGCGGUGGGCAGGGUUGCCUAGCGACCGUGUGGACGCCGCCUUCCAGUGGCUCAACGGAAAGACAUACUUUUUCAAGGGAGAGAAGACCUGGCUGUUUGACGACUUGACGAUGGGAGUAGACGCAUUUUACCCACAAUUCACAUCAACCGCCUGGUUCGGCUGCAAGGCGCCUUCAACCGGGCGUUCUGAUUGGACCAGAGGACAACCAACCACCGUUCUCAUAUCCCUCGUCAUUUUGCAGAUCUCGGUAUUGUUGUUAGCAUGGUAGGCCCUACCACGCCGACUUAGCUAUAAUGACAAACGCACAGAGCUGUUCACAUUACUUUCCGCUUACUCUAAAGAAUUUGCUACUCUAUGUUAGAUGGAUUAACUCAACUACAUUCUGGGAGGCGAUAACUCUCACUGUGUACAAAU